CAGUGACGCUAGCAAAAACAAAACAGGCAACAAACACACUUUUCGUUUCUCACUCCACACGUCGUAUUUUGAAAAGGUGUACAAAAUUUAGCCAAAAAUGACUGCUUUGUUUGGAAAUACAAGCGCAUUGCCUUCUUCCAAAAAUCUGGUUGAAUUUCGUGCUGGUAAAAUGAAUCUACGUGGAACAACUGUCACUGCAGAUAAGAGGAAAGGUUUCGUUUACAUUUAUCAAAGUGAUGAUUCCUUGAUGCAUUUUUGUUGGAAAGAUAGAACAUCGGGAACUAUUGAAGAUGACUUGAUCAUUUUUCCGGAUGAUAUUGAAUUCAAACGAUUAUCUCAAUGUACCACUGGUCGUGCAUAUAUUCUAAAGUUCAAAUCUUCAAGUAGAAAAUUUUUCUUUUGGAUGCAAGAACCUAAAGAGGACAAAGAUGAAGAAUUCUGCAAGAAAGUGAAUGAACUUUUGAACAACCCUCCAGCUCCUGGCUCUGCUUCUAGUGGUGGAGGUGGCAGUGGAAGUGGAGGACUAGCUGGACUUCAACCAGCUUUGGCACAACUUGGUGAUCAGUUAGGUGAUUCUAGUUUACAAAGUUUGCUAAAUAACAUGGAUCAAAAUCAGUUGAUGCAGUUGUUGGGUAUGACUGGACUUGGUGGUGCUGGCGGUGCAGGUGGAUUUGACAGUGAUGAUUCUAGAUCUAGUUCAAGGAACACAACUGCAGCAAGCACAAGAGAGUCAGCAGCUGCACCUGCAACGGUUUCAGCAACUCCUGCACCCGCUGCAGCAAGUGUACCACCUGCUUCCAAUCCAACGCCUGCUGCCACUUCAGCACCUUCAGGAACAGCCAAAUCAGCAGGUGCUGUACAACUGAGUGACUUACAAAAUAUCCUGUCAAAUAUGCAAGUUCCACAAGCUGCAGCACAACAAGAAAGUGUUGAUCUGGCAGCAUCGUUUUCGACUGAAGCUUUACUACCUUUGUUGAAAGAUAAAGAGGUGCAAACUCGGUUAAAACCUUUCCUGCCCGCUGCAGGUGGUUUACCGGCUGAUGAUGAAGAGUUACGCAAUACAGUGCAGUCACCGCAAUUUAAGCAGGCACUCUCUGUAUUCAGCGCUGCACUACAGUCUGGUCAGUUAGCGCCAUUAAUGCAACAAUUUAAACUCAGUCAAGAUGCUGUCAACGCUGCUGCAAAAGGAGAUAUCAUCGCGUUUACAAAAGCUUUACAAGAAUCCGAAUCAAAAGCAACGGAAGAAGAAGAUAUGGCUUUGGAUUAAAAUUGAACUGUUUUGUAAAAAAUCUGAUCUCUAAUAAAUUGACAUCUUAAUUGGUUAAGAA